GAUGAUGUAAUCAGUUAAGUUUGUUUGAGCUCUCCAGCUGAUCAGCCCGAAGCCGAACCACUGAGCAGCUGAGACGCUCGGAUGAUGGAGUUUUUCAUAGGAAACCCGUUUUCUACACCCGUGGGUCAAUUUAUAGAACAUGCCACCAGUUCUUCUCUCCCGUCUGAAGACUGGGGCCUCAACAUGGAGAUCUGUGACAUUGUCAAUGAAACAGAUGAAGGACCUAAAGAUGCAGUCAGAGCAAUAAAGAAGAGGAUACUGGGAAAUAAGAAUUUCAAAGAGGUUAUGCUGGCUCUGAGUGUGUUGGAGGCCUGUGUGAAGAACUGCGGGCACAAAUUCCACGUCUACGUGUCCACCAGAGAUUUUGUGGAAAACGUUUUGGUCCAAACGAUCCUGCCUAAAAACAACGCCCCAGUGUUUCUUCAGGACAGAGUCUUGAGCAUGAUACAGGCGUGGUCCGAUGCCUUUCGUAGUUCUCCAGAUUUGACGGGUGUCGUGACCAUCUAUGAGGAUCUCAGGAGAAAAGGCGUGGAGUUUCCUAUGACUGAACUGAAUGGCUGUUCCCCUAUUCACACUCCCAACAGGACCAUUGAGUCUGCGUCUCCGGUAACAGCUUGCACAGAAAGUCACUCCGUCAAAUCCUCACAGCCACAGAAUACAGAGAUGCCCGUCAUGCUGUCACCUCAACAGAUGAAGACACUGAAGACCGAACUGGAGGUGGUGCAUAAUAAUAUAUCGGUGAUGUCAGACAUGAUGAGUCAGAUGGAGCCUGCAAGUCUUGAGCCAUCAGACACAGAGCUAAUACAGCAGCUCUACUCCAUGACCAAAGAUAUGCAGGGCCGGAUGGUGGAGCUCAUACCCAGACUGAGCGAUGAGAAGCUUAUAGAGCAGUUACUCUGUGCCAACGAUGACGUUAACACCACGUUUGCACAGUAUCACAGAUUUGAAAGACAUCUCGACAAACAGAGCAGUGCACAAUCUAAUCCAUCGAACACAAACCUCAUUGACUUGGGAACUUCCAACCAAAUAAAGGCAACAAAUGGUGCUCAUAGCGCAGUCAGCCAGUCAACAGUCACCACACUAUCCAAUCAGACGGCAGGAUUGAGCACAAAAGCUGAUGACUUAAAACAAAAUAAAAGCAGCUCAUCACAAAACAGUCUAGAAAGCUCUGCAGCUCUUGUGGGACUUGCAGCCACUCAAAGAGAGCGACAGGACCCUGGAGUGGAUGUCAGCCUAGACUCCAACUCCCUUGGCAGCUCGCCUCGGUUUCAUUGGAUGCUUGAAAAGGGAAUGAUUCCUGUCAAUCAGAGUGAAGUGAUGGACGACAUUGAACGAUGGCUGGACGGAGAUGAUGAAGAUGACUCUGAAGGAGUGACUAGUGAAGAGUUCGACCAGUUUUUAGCGGAAAGAGCGAAAGCAGCGGAGCGUCUUCCCUCAGUAAAAGCGUCACACCACAACCCCGGCCGUUCACAACUGUAGUUUGAUUUUCUCUACAAAACCCUGUUCAUAACUUCCAGUUCAUAACCAUGUGCUCACUUCUCAGUUUAUUCAUAGUAGUUUUGGUUGAUUUCUAACCAUGUAAUGUUUUUAAUCAAACUUUAUAAGUCUAAGGCCUGGUUUCAGUCAGGGCUUAGACUAAGCCAGGAUUAGACCAUAGUUCAAUUAGGACAUUUAAUUUUUUUAAA